AUGGAGCCGGCGGUCGAGCCGGUCGCCUUUUACUACACGGCGCAGGCCGGCGGCGGCGCCUCCGGCCCGUGCAGCAUCGCCCAGCUGCGGGUGCUGUGGCAAAGCGGCCACAUCUCGCGAGAGACGAUGCUCUGGCGCGAGAGCAUGCCCGCCUGGCUCAGGCUGGAGGAGCGCGGCGCGCUGACGGCGGAGCAGCUCGGCGUGCUGCUGCGCGGCGGCGACGUGGACGGGCUGACGCAGGCCCUCGCGGAGUGGGACGACUCGCAGCUGCCGGCGGGCGCGAGCGCGACCAUCGUCGUUCUCCUCGGCCUCUUCGACACCUCCGAGGCGGACGCCGCGGACGUGCAGCUCCCUGCUGCCCGGCUGGCGGACUGCGCGGACGCCGCCUUCUACUCGAACUUGCGCGAGGACGUGCGCGUCGAGUGCGGCAAGGCGGGCGCCAUCGAGAAGGUGACCAUCUUCGAGGGGUCAGAGCAGGGGGCCGCCGCCGUCCGCUUCAAGUCGGGGGACGACGCGCAGCGCUGCGUCGCGAUGAUGCGCGAGAAGUCGUUCGGGGGCAGCCAGGUGAAGUGCGAGCUCUACGACGGCGUGACGGACUACCGCGCCAAGGCGCUCCGCGAGGCGGGCACUUGUUCACAGUUUGCCUGCUCCACUGCUUUCUUGCCUUCGAAGGCGCUCCGCGAGGCGGCGGCCGCGUCGAGCGGCGGUAAGUCGGGCGCCGACGUCGAGGCGCAGGAGGCGCAGCUGGAGAGCUUCGCGCAGUGGCUCGAGGCGGACAGCACCGACGACGAGAUCGACCCCGAGGCGGGAGGGGACUAG